AUGGUCCUCAUUGAACUCACAAAAGAUUUUGGAUAUGUUGUUUUAACUGGAGUUGCUUCGGUAAUUUUAACAACUUACCUUGGCUUCAAAGUAGGAGGAGCACGUAGAAAUGCAGGUGUUCCUUAUCCUCAUGCUUAUGCAUCAAAAGAAGAAUGUGAAAAAGAUGAAAAGAAAAUGAUCUUCAAUUGUUAUCAAAGAGCUCAUCAGAAUACUUUGGAAGUUUAUCCAGCUUUUCUUUUCACACUUCUUGCUGGUGGAAUUAAUCAUCCAGUCCUUUCUUCAAUUGGUGGUGGAAUUUGGCUUUUUGGUCGUUUGAUUUAUGCCUGGGGUUAUUAUUCCGGUAAUCCAAAGCAAAGAUUGAGAGGCGCUUUUGGUUAUAUCGGUGUCCUUCUUUUAUUAGGCACUUCAAUUUCUUCUGGAGUUUCUUUAUUAACUGCCUAA